AUGGAAAUGAGUUCAACUGAGAAUAUAGACUUGGGUGUACGGUCCUGUUCAGAGUCAAACGAUCUCCUGACCAGCCAGACGGUGAGUAGCUUCUAUGGCAGCUCCCGAAGUGAAUCCCUGUGGGCCUUGGAGCGCCGGAGUGCCUGGGAGAUUUAUCACAAACCCAUCAUCGUCAUGUCUAUUGGAGGGGCGUUUUUUCUUGUUGGGUGUGUACUGACCGGCUUGUAUUUUGCUGACAUCACCAAGAAAACAUGCAAUGUGCUGGGACCCGCGGCUCUGUCCAUUGGUCUGAUGUUCCUGGUUUAUGGAUUGGUCUGGGUUCCGAUCAUCAAAGAGAAGAGACAACAGAAGUCAAUAUCGAAAUUCUACAGGAAUCAAAAGAUGUCCUUUAUCCACCUGUGA